AUGCUCAUCAAAGAGUACCGCAUCCCGAUGCCCAUGAGCGUGGAGGAGUACCGCAUUGCCCAGCUCUACAUGAUCCAGAAGAAGAGCCGGGAGGAGAGUUGUGGAGAAGGCAGUGGGGUGGAGAUCCUGGAGAAUAAACCCUACGAGGAUGGCCCCGGGGGCACGGGUCAGUACACACACAAGGUCUAUCACAUCGGCAAACACAUCCCGUCCUGGUUUUGUGCCAUUCUCCCACAAGCUGCCCUGCGAGUUGAGGAGGAGUCCUGGAACGCUUACCCGUACACACGGACACGGUACACCUGCCCAUUUGUGGAGAAGUUCUGCAUAGACAUUGAGACUUAUUAUAAGCCAGACACUGGGAAUCAAGUGGAUGUCUUUAAUCUGUCCUCUGCAGAGAAGAGACAGAGAACUGUAGACCCUAUAGACAUUGUAAAGGACUACAUCCCUCCACACGAGUACCUGGCAGAAGAAGAUCCCAAGCUGUAUCAGUCGGUCAAGACCAAACGCGGUCCACUAUCAGAGGACUGGAUUGAGGAAAUCAACCAGAAUCCUCACCAGAAGCCGGUGAUGUGUGCCUACAAGCUCUGCAAAGUGGAAUUUAGAUACUGGGGCAUGCAGUCCAAGAUUGAGCGUUUUAUACACGAUGUAGGCCUGCGUAAGGUGAUGGUACGAGCCCAUCGGCAGGCAUGGUGCUGGCAAGAUGAGUGGUAUGGCCUGACUAUUGAGGACAUCAGGCAGCUGGAGCUGGAGACCCAACUGGCCUUAGCUAGGAAGAUGGCUCAGUAUAGUCUUGCCGAUGAGGGGGGCACCAACACCAAUUGCUCUUCCAUUAACCAGGAGCAGGACCAGGUCACUGAGACAGCUGGGGCAGUUUCAGGGGCAGAGGAAAUAGGAGCAGCACUGGGAACUGCAAUAGAGACAAGAGGAGAGCUAACUAAACAGUGGUCGACCUCCUCUAGAUCCUCCAACAGGUCAUCUAAAAGAGGUGGUAGUCCAUCUCACCAGAACAUUUCAGAGUGGAGGAUGCAGAGCAUUGCCCGGGACUCAGAAGACAGCACAGAUGAUGAGUUUUUUGAUGCACAUGAAGUUUUCUCUGAUAACGAGGAGAUGUUCCCCAAGGAGAUCACCAAGUGGAGCUCCAAUGAGCUGAUGGACAAAAUAGAAACAAUAGAAGUUGAUGAAGCCCAAGACGGCUUGUACCAGGAGUCCGGUGGGGAGUACGCAGUCACGCGUGGCGAGGAGUCACAAAUGGAGGACGGCUCCUCUCGGCAGCAUUUGCAGUCAUCUAAGAUUCAUGCUUUGGUUCUGGUCCUGCACGGAGGCAACGUUCUCGACACUGGAACCGGUGAACAGAACAGCAAACAGGGGGACGUGAACACCCUGAGCGGGGUUUUCGAGACGGUGAUGAGGGUCCACUACCCUGCAGCAUUAGGUCGCAUCGCCAUUCGCCUGGUGCCCUGUCCCGCCGUGUGUGCAGAUGCGUUCUCACUGGUCUCAAACCUAAGCCCCUACAGCUACGAUGAGGGAUGCCUGUCCAACAGUCAAGACCACAUCCCCCUCGCUGCCCUCCCCCUAUUGGCUACCUCCGCACCCCAAUACCAAGACGCCGUGGCAACGGUCAUCCUGCGGGCCAAUCAGGUGUACACAGACUUUAUGAAAUCUCUAGAGGGCGUGUCCUUCACUGGCCAGGUGUGUGUGAUCGGGGACUGUGUGGGGGGUAUCCUCGGCUUCGAUGCUCUGUGCAGCAGCUCGGUGACUGUGUCGGAGAGCCAGAACAGCAGCAGGAGGGGCAGCACCAUCAGUGUUCAGGACGCGGACUUGCUGUCUCCGGGUAUAGUGAUAAACAGCGUCUCCCCCUCCACCCGGACCCUGGAAGGAAGCCGCCACCUCAGCCGGAGCAACAUCGACAUCCCCCACAGCUCAGCACCGGACGACCCCAAGAAGCUGCUGCCUCGCAAACGCAGCGAUUCCUCCACCUACGAGAUGGACACCAUCAAACACCACCAAGCCUUCCUCUCUAGCCUCCAGGCCGGCGUGCUGCACGGGGAGUCGGGCUCACGGCGCUCCAGUAACAGCACCAUGCAGGAGGGAGGCUCCCUGGGAAGAUUUGACUUUGAAGUGACGGACUUGUUCCUGUUUGGCUGUCCUCUGGGCUUGGUACUGGCGCUCAGGAGGACGGUGGUGCCCUCGCUGGAUGUGUGCGCCCUCCGCCCGGCCUGUCAGCAGGUGUAUAACCUGUUCCACCCCGCUGACCCGUCCGCCUCCCGCCUGGAGCCUUGUCUGGAAAAGAGGUUUCACCUCCUGCCCCCCUGCAACGUCCCGCGCUACCAACGCUUUCCUCUAGGGGACGGACACUCUGCAUUGCUGGUUGAGACCAUGCAGAGCCACCCUCACCUCCUGAUGGAGUCUGGGGGUGCGGCACCUCACCGUGGCCAGAAGAGCAUCAUGAGUGAGACCUCCAUCCCCGUGCCAGUGGUCAACUGGCAGGCCUCGCAGCCCCCCGCCGAGCGUGUGUACCUCCAUUCAGAUGUUCUUCACACUCACUGUGGUGUUUUUGUUGACGGUCUGUUCCCAUCAUCCCCUGCUCCAGGGGUUCCUCACCUGCAGAGCCACCGGAGAGCCAGUGAGGCCAGCAUAGCCAGCCAAGUGUCCGGCUUGGCAGAUUCUUACACUGCCUCAAUCAUCGCUGCUGUUGCGUCUCGCUGGUGGGGCAGUAAGAGGAUGGACUUUGCGCUCUACUGCCCGGAUGCCCUGACAGCCUUUCCCACGGUGGCCCUCCCUCAUCUCUUCCACGCCUCCUACUGGGAGUCCACGGACGUGGUGUCUUUCUUGCUGAGACAGGUGAUGAGACACGAGAACUCCGGCGUUUUAGAGCUGGACGGCAAAGAGGUGUCGGAAUUCACUCCAUCCAAACCCCGCGAGAAGUGGCUCCGGAAGAGGACUCACGUCAAGAUCCGAAAUGUGACAGCUAACCACCGUGUGAACGAUGCCGUAUUCGCAGAGGACGGAGCCCAGAUGGUGACGGGACGCUUCAUGUACGGUCCUCUGGACAUGGUCACCCUUACCGGGGAGAAGGUGGAUGUCCAUAUCAUGACCCAGCCUCCGUCGGGGGAGUGGGUGCACUUCGGCACCGAGCAAACCAACAGCAGCGGCCGCAUUUCAUACGCCAUCCCCGAGAGGAGCAGGCUGGGUCUUGGGGUGUAUCCUGUCAAAAUGGUGGUCAGGGGAGACCACACGUUCGCAGACAGCUAUCUCACUGUCCUGCCACCGGGGACGGAGUUUGUGGUCUUCAGUAUCGACGGGUCAUUUGCUGCCAGUGUAUCUAUCAUGGGCAGCGACCCCAAGGUUCGAGCCGGAGCUGUGGAUGUGGUUAGGCACUGGCAGGACCUCGGCUACCUGAUAGUGUACGUGACGGGUCGUCCGGACAUGCAGAAGCAGCGUGUGGUGGCCUGGCUCUUCCAGCACAACUUCCCCCAUGGCGUCGUCUCCUUUUGUGACGGUCUCGUCCACGACCCACUCCGCCACAAGGCCAACUUCCUGAAAUCUCUCAUCUGCGAGGCCCACAUGAAGAUUUUUGCUGCCUACGGCUCCACGAAGGACAUCUCCGUGUAUUCUUCUAUCGGCCUGCCUCCAUCACACAUCUACAUCGUGGGGAGGCCAACAAAAAAGAUGCAGCACCAGUGCCAGUUCAUCCCAGAUGGCUAUGCUACCCACCUCUCGCAGUUGGAGUACAGCCAGAAGUCUUGCCCUGCCAAGUCUGCCAGCACCCGCAUGGUACUCCGCAAGGGCAGUUUUGGACUGGGGGCGGCCGGGGGAGACUUUCUACGCAAGCGCAACCACAUUUUCCGCACCAUUUCCUCUCAGCCCGGAGGACCACCGGGCUCCGGAAGCUCCAACCAGCCAGCAAGGACAGAGCGUGCCCUGAGCCAGUGUGACGUGGAGCGCGAGAAGGGGGCUGGGGCAGCCACCCAGAGGAGCAUCAGCGUAACAGCGGGGUGCUGGGGUCGCAGCGGAAGCACCAAGGAGGGAAGUGGAGGACUACUCAGCCCCAAGUAGAGCUCAAACGGAUCUA